UUGAGCAUGCGCCAGUUGCCAAAAUAAUCCGGAAAUGCAGUAAAGUCUUGUCCAAAAAAGGAAAAAUAAACCUUUCCACUAGCGACGAUGUAUCAACAGAAUACUUUAUUUUCUCCAGGAACUUUUCGUUUCUACAAAGAUGUAGAACAGGAUCAUGAGGAUUUGAGUGAGCGCUUGCGGAAGACAUUGUACUAUGGGAAGUUGCCUGGCACUGAUAGACCCUCUAUGCCUCUCACUGAGCUUGGGGUGAACUUCUACCAGCAUGCUGCUCCACGUGAACUAGGCAAGUUGGAUGAAUAUCUUGCAGCCUCCACUACAAGGUCGGCAUGUGUUUCGCCGACAUCGAUGCUGGUUGGAAUGAUGUACGUGCGCAGACUUCACCAACGCCGACCAGACUACCUCUCACAGAUAUCAUCCUCAGAACUCUUCCUCAUCUCCAUGAUGAUGGCAUCCAAGUUCCUGUAUGACGAAGGGAGUGAUGAUGAAGUUUAUAAUGAUGAAUGGGCAGUGUCAGCUGAUAUGGAGACCGAAGAUGUGAAUGAACUGGAACGCGAAUUUCUCAACGCGAUUGAAUGGCAACUGUUUGUACGGCCAGAAGAAUUUGCUGAGAUGCUCCACACUGUUGAGAAAAGGAUUGCUCUAGAGCAGGGCCUGGCUAGGGGAUGGUUUUCGUACACGGAUAUGAUGAUUCUCUCACAAGACCUCAAGUUUAUGACACUGAACGACCUGACUAAAGAACUGUCAAAGGUGUUUUCGGCCACAUCCCUAGCCUACCUUGCCAGCAUACUAACGAUGAUCGGUUCCACUCUCGCUGGUACUGCAACAUCCUCUGCUCUAUCAGCGCUGGGCACCACCACCCUUCCAAUCUUCUUCAACAUGGUGACCCCGAACCUUGCGACCUUGACCCAUAUCCCUGCUAUAUGGUCCUCUGACCUUGAACUUGGUGCCAAAAUGAUUUUAGAUUUCUCUAGUGCUGCCAGUCCGUCUUUGUUAAAUAAUGAGACUCUUGGAGAACGCAACAAGCCAAUUGUAGAACAACUAGUUGAAACGGACGGUAAAGCAAAGGAAAAUCCCGGAGAUGAUGAAAUUGCAACAGAUUCUUCAACACAGUCCCCAUUGAACCAGCAAAAGGAAUCCCAGCACUCUCUACUGAAUUCUCUCCUACCUCCUUUCCUUGCAUUAAUGACUUUAAAAGACUCUGUAUUGGACUACGCUUUUGGUGCUAAAAGUAGAAAGCAGGAUCAGUACAAUCUUGGACACAACAUGGAUACAACCGGUGCUGAUAUUGAAGAAGAUGAACCAACAGAUCUCACUGAUAUGUCCAACUACUGCUCUGCGGGACCGUGUCUGAUGGAUUCUUGGCCAAACUGUUUUAACGUAUCUUCUGAACAUGACUGGAGUGAAUUUAAGACCUUUAAUACGCUGUGCGGACAGAAGAUGAAUCCCUGCUGUCGUAAUUGUGCCCUGAAUGACAAAGCUAAACAACCGACCGGUAACUGGAACUGGAAUCGUGACAUGGACUAUGAGAAUGGAAACGACUUAAAUGACUAUUCUGUGAAAUGCUGCUGUAGAUUCUCCCAUCUUGAGUCGAGCUCUUGGCUUAAAGGCUCACUUGAGCCUAAGAUGUUUGAUCUUAAUCUAAGAUUUUCAACACAAUCUCUCUUUCAGCAAGCUUUAAUCACGACUUAAAGGUGCUCUAUGGACAUUUAACAUAUUUUCUGGAUUAUGGACCUUUGCCUGAUUUAUCACUAAGCCAAAAAUGUUUUUGUUGAUUUUUUUGGAUAAUUUGUCAGACUUCUUAGUGAAGAAUAUUUCAAAGUAUAACAUCAUGUUUAAAUUGAUUGAUUUCCUAUUUAAAUUAUCUUUGUAAAAAAAUCAGCAAGAUCUUUGGUGUAGCUGUUAUUCUUGACUGCUUGAAUUUAUAUGACAGAAAUGAAAAUAUUUUUGGCUUUAUAAGAAUUGUUUAAAAAAAAAUCUUGAAGGGACAGAAACUAUUUACAGUAGACUAAUGUUAAUAUUUAAACGGUAUUUUACAUUUAAAAUAAGUUCUUCACCAAGUGGUUCAAAACCCUAAGGAAAAUAACAGGGUUCUCUUAUAAAAGAUACGAAGUAACAAAAUUGUGUUCAUUUAAAGUGUCAUUUUAAACUUUUAUGUUUGGCACGAAUAUGGGACAGUCAUGGGACAGGAAUCUAUUUUUACCUCGCACCAUUCACACUACCUGAGGGAAAUUUGUAUUAGGAAUCUUUGCUAAGGAUUCAAGUUCGUCUGCUAUAGAAAUUAUCUUAGUCAAUAAGUGUUCAUUUAUCGAAACAUAUUUCUAGUAGGCAACAUAUUUGAAAUCUUGUUGAUGCCUAUGUACCCAAAACUUACAACUUGAAUAUUUUUUUAAAUAAUUACAUUGUACAAACUUAUGUGAUUUUUAUAAGGGUAGAUUUAUAUCUUGGAAAUUUCAUUGACCUUACAGUUAAUAAGAAUAUACAUACAUAAAUAAUUGAAAUGUUCUUUAGGCAGUCAUUGAAAUUAGACUUUCGGAUAAACAAGCCCGAAUUCGUAUACUAUUGCAUGGAAUCAUAUUUUUUGAACAAGCCCUGCUAUAUAAACUUCAGAAUUUGAGCAAACCCGGAAGACAUUUUACCAGUGCAGGGCUUGCGGGCUUGUGCUAAUUUCGACCACUGUUUUGGUAUUCAAUAACUAUGGAUUUUAAGGGCUUUAACUGAUAAUUACUUUUCCUGUAUGGGCUGUACCUGAAUUGUACACUCUUUCAAAAUAAAGUGAAAAAAAUACAUGCGGUAUAUGCCAUUUAGUGAAUAACUCCAGAACAGUUUAUUUUGCAUAUUAAAUUAUUAAUUGAUAUAACCAAUACUUACCAUACGAUCAUGAUAUUUCAAAUACUGGCAGGGAUCUAGCUCUACUGUAGGGGGAAGGGGCGGCCAAAGCCCUUUGAUUGGAAAACAACAUAGCAUGAAUGUGGGCAUUGCUCUACCUUGUUGAUGGUGUCAGAUGUUUUCAAAGUUAUCAAUUGGAUUAUGCGACGGUGUCUUAAUAUUUAUUGAAGAAAUAUAAUUAUUUUAUUGGUCAAAUUAAGGAUGAAAGGCGACCAGUGUUAUUUUUACUGUAAAUUUCGCACAAAUUGGGUCGUUAUAAAAAUCAACUUAAAUCAUUGCGAUUUAUAUUCUUAUUUACCUUUUAUUGAAAUAAUUCCACACUUCCUUAACAUACAUGACACUUCUACUAAUGCCUCAUUGUAUGAGUUCAUAAAUAUUUUUUUAGGACUACGAAAGUGCUUAUGCUAUAGAUCUAUAUCUGACUUGGGUGGGAGAGUAGAUUGAGGGACCUGACUCGACACAUAUGAACUUUUUUACACUAAAAUUGUAUUCCUAACUUAAAUUAUUACAUGUAUUACAAGCAUAAACAGUUAUAUGUUCUAGUAUUUAUUUUACUUACCUUGUUAUUUUUAUAAAGAAAUGAGAACUACAACAGAUUGUGCUAAUGUUACAAACAUUUUGAAUAUUUGAAUCAACUUUAAAGAAAAUAAAUAAUUAACCAUC